AUGGCUGGUUGGAAGAAAUAUGCGAGAAUAAUUUUGCCUCAUGUCGGUCUUAUUAUCUUAUCGUUGCUGUAUACAAUUGGUGGAGCGCUUGCAUUCUAUUAUCUGGAACGACCUUAUGAGAUUGCUGUAAGACGUGAAAGUUUGCGAGAUAUUUCUGCUCAACGAAAAUUGAUGCUUGAUGAGUUAUGGAUUAUGCUAAACGACGAAUCAGUCUCAGAUGAGGAAAUUGAACGUUUAGCUAUUCAUCACGUGGACAACGUGACACGUGUAUUGUUUGAAGCCUUCGAUACACAUUACAUUAGCGUCUCACAUCUACGAAGUAGCACUGUGAUGGCUUCAAUUGAUGAUUUGGUGGAGGAAGAGGAAUACAACUGGACCUUUACAACAGCUCUCUUCUUUACAGCUACUCUUCUGACAACAAUUGGCUACGGUAAUUUGGUACCGGUAACAUUUCAAGGACGAAUGUUUUGCAUUAUCUACGCUCUAUUUGGUGUACCGCUUAUACUUAUCACUGUUGCUGAUAUUGGCAAAUUCCUGAGUGAAAAUAUUAUUUGGCUGUAUGCAAAAUAUACAGAAGCGAAGAAAAAGUACAAAGAGAAGAAAACUGUAUGCAUCACAUCAGUGGUCGGUGAAAUAAAUGGUAAUGUAAAGGAUCAGUUGCUGCAGUUCGGACUGGAACAGUAUAUUUCAAUACCGAUUCUGUUGAUCGUUGGAAUGCUGCUUGGUUAUAUCACAAUUGGUGCUGUCCUACUUGCCUCAUGGGAACAUUGGGAUUUCUUUUCUGGUUUCUACUUUUCAUUUAUCACAAUGACUACGGUUGGAUUUGGCGAUAUUGUACCAGUCAAGCAUGAAUACUUCCUAUUUGAUCUUUUCUACAUUGUCGUUGGAUUAGCCAUAACGACAAUGUGUAUUGAUUUGGUUGGAAUUCAAUACAUUCGCAAAAUUCAUUAUUUUGGACGGGCCAUUAAAGAUGCUCGCUAUGCGCUUGUGAAUGUUGGCGGAAGAAUGGUGCAUAUUCCGGAUUUAAUGCGAUAUGCGUCUGUUUUACAUCAGAAAUAUGGCCAGAAAAGACAAGAACAUCAGAUGCUAAAAGGCGCUUAUACACCGGAAGAUUUACCACUCAUUCGAUACAUCGAUUAUGGAUCAUUGGCUAGUGAAGAUAGUCGGAUACAUUUCUUCACAAAUAUAUUCAAUAAACCUAAUGAACUUAGUACGGCACUGAAAUGGUAUAUGUGUGACAGUAUUCCUCAUGAAAAUGCAAAGGAUUUAUUUAGGAUAGAUAAAAUAAAAAAUGAGAAAGAAAUAGAACUUGAACUAGAAAUAGCACAGCUAAAAUUACGAAUUCGAGAGCGUGAUCGAACAAUAUUUGAUUUGGAAGAACAGAUCCGAAGCAAAGAUGCUAUUAUCAUUGAUAGGUGCCAAAUUAUCGAACGCCUUGAGCAAUUUCAUUUUGAGCGAUCUUCACCUGACCAGGACUCUUUGGAGGAAACAUCAGAGAGUACCGUACGAUGUGUAAAUGUGAAUGAGAACAGUGCUUUGAAAACGGGAACACAAGAAGUACAAUUAUUGGAUGAAUUAGAAGAAGAACGAAAAUCCAAAGUGAAACUUUUGGAGCAAAAUGAACUUCUGCUACAGCAGUGGGAUGAGGCAUUAGCUUAUGUUGAACAGGUACAAAAGAUGCUUCAAGCUGAACUAAAACGUUCCAAUACACUUAUUGAUGAAAAUGCAAUCCUUCGAAAGCGUAUUAAUGAAACAGUGGUCAUUUCUAAAAACGGUAUACAAUUCGUCGCACUUCUCCUUAUUCUAUCCAGUCUUUACCUAUACUCUUGGAGUUAA